GAUACUUAUAUGAGUACCUAGUCAUAAUGCCAGAAGAGGAAGACGAUGAGAAUUUGUUUUUCUAUAGCACUCAGAUGCAAGUACGUCACGAGCAGUUUGAAGAAGCAGAAUCACUUCAAACCAAAAAGGCUUCGAUGAUGAACCGAUUACAAAAGUUUCAAAAUGGCGACAACAAGGUCAAAAACUCCAAUAAAAUUAAGCAUUCAAUUGUGAAAAAAAAAGGGCCUAAAAGAGAAAAGUCUCGGAGAAUAGAACUGAUUAAUGACUUUGUCCGGGCUAAUUUAGGCUCAAAAGAUUCAAUUCAAGAUAUAAGAGCCAAUAAGAAAGAUCGAAUGAAACAAGCCAUGAUACUCAGGUAUUUCUCAGGUGAUAAUAAGAAGGUAAGUGAUAUAAUGAAACGCGUGAAGGAUGGAGAAGAGGGAAAUGACCGCCUGCAAAAUAAUAAAAAUGAUAAAGCAAACAAACUCGAUUUUGAAUAUGUGAAGAAUCAGUUCACGGAAGAAGAAUGGAUAGGGGCUCUCAAAUGUAUAAAGCUCAUAUUUCCUCAUCUAUCGAGUAAGAUGAAGAAAUCGCUAAAGAUCAUAACCAAAAGCAUGAAAAAGUUUGAAGAAAUAUAUGAAUCUAAUAGUGCAUCAACAUUACUGCCUUUAUGGCUAGAGGCAUCAGGAUCUCCCGAUGAUACAUUGACUGAAGAAGAUUUACGCUGGUUAUAUGACUUGAAUGAUGAUCAAAUGGGCGACGAACACAGCACAUUUAUAAACCCUUCUGACUCAGAAGAUGCCCCACAGUUUGUCACUACAUUGUCGCAAGCGAUGAAAGCCUCGCAAGAGUCUGUGAAGGAUACUCCAAUAGAUCAGGGAUGUGACUCUGAAUCAGAAAUUGCUGAUUCAGAAAGUGAUAUUGAAAUUUUAGAGUAUCCUCCAGGUCAAUUUUUUCUGACACAACCACACAGUACUCAAUUUGCUGAAUCCCUAAAGUUCAGCACCCAAGAUAAACCAGAGCCCAAUGGAAACCACAAUGAAAUAACUGGGACUCAAGACCAACCUAUGGAAGUAUCAUCUCAUGAGAAUUCGAAAGAGCAUUUUCCCGCGGCAUCAUCGUAUAAUGAGCCAGAAACCCGAAAUAAAAUUCCAGAUCAGAUCUUAUCAUCCCCGAUUUUGGGAGAAGAAAAGGAAACCCCAACUCCACAGCGGGAACCUGGAGGAAGAGCCAAAGAUGUGAUCGACCGUCUAAUGGAGUCACCCUCUCCGGAGAACGAGACACCUUCAAGUAUGAUUCACCAAUCUAUACUGCCGAUCAAAAGGCCUUUUAAUAAGUUUACGAUAAACGAAAAUAGUCAGCUAAAUGAUCUGCCAGUUAAAGCAAACGUUCAAAUUCCUCUUUCAUCAGAAAUAGAAUAUGAGAGUGGAGAUGAUGAAGUUUAUUCGACUGCUAGAUCGCAGAUGAUUGAAAGCUCAGUUGCAAAAAAUUUCCAAAGUUCUCAAAUAAUUGAAGAAGACGAGAUACCUACGAAAGCGGUACAAAUGUCCAGCAUAAUGGAUCCCGCAAAUAGUUAUAAAACAUCUAGGGUUGAAUUGAGAGGAAACUUUGAAUUUCCUGAGGAUAACGAUGGAAUAAUUAAGGUCAGAAAAGUUGGCACCAAGGUGAUUAAUCUAGAUUCUGAUGAGGAAGUUGGAGAUUCAGAGGAUGAGCUUUAUGAUGAAAAGGAUAUAAGCGUGGUUGAAGUGGUUAUGUCGGUAGAGGAGUACCAAAAGGCGAUUGCCCCAAGUGAAGAAUUAGAAAACGACGCCAAUAUAUCUGUUCUACAAGUACCUUCGAGCCAAGAUCAGAUUGACACGAAACCAAAAAAACGGAAACAAAGUAAAAAGACAAAGUCUAUCUUUGAUGAAAUGAGUAUAGCCAAUCUAAGGGAGCUAAUGCGCCCAUGGAACGUGAAAUCUUGUAACAGUCGAGGGAAAAUAAGCAAGUUUCUAGAAGACGGACUCAAGAUGGCUUCACUAGGAUUAAGUGAAGAAGAGUCAGCUAGAUUGGAAUCACUACUAACAAAAAUGAUAAGCCCACCUUCCUUUAAACAAGCUGUUUUCGAUAAACUUUCAUCAAUUACGAGAAGUAACUUUUUCUGGCUCGGUAAAAUCAUCACUUUUGAACCAAUUCUGAUUGACAGUCUUUACAAAUGGUUAGAAACAGAAGUUUUCCACUUUGCUUUCGAAAGAAGCAUUCUUGAAGAGUACUGUAACGAAAUGGCCAUACCAUGCACCAAUGCAGCCAACCAAUAGUAUUGCAACCAACCAUGGAUAAUUUAUGAUUUACGGAUUUACGAAGC